UUGUAGCACCCCCUUGUGGCCUACCAGAGCCACAGCAAUAUAUAUCGCAGGUGGAAGGGCCGGGGAAUUUUUGCACAAACUCAUAGGGAGUGAGUUCAGGGUGGAGGGGGGCCUGGUCGAUAGUAGUUACACCAUUGCUGCUUUUGGUGGAAUUUUUCUCUUUUAUUUAGUUUUAGAGAUUUAACGAAAUCAUUUGGAUUGUUUAUGAAUAGUAAAAAUUGAUUGCGUCACCUAAAAAGACUUGAGUGGGUUGGUGUGUGGAUGGAAGCAAUUUGGCUCCAACUGCCCCUGACUGUUUCUGUUGUUUUAUCUCACAGCACAGAGAAGGAGAGUUUUAACAUGGACGAGAAGUGAUGAUACUUGGGAACAUGCUCCAUUUCUUCUGGACAUUUUUAUUAUUGGAUCUUUUUAUAAACAAAUAAAGGUGUCCCAGGCAAAUUGUUGGAAAUGAUGCCACGACGGAAGUGGAUAUUUGGAACAGUGUUACUGACCUCAUUUUUUGGCUUCUGUGUAUUAUUCUCGAAACUCCAGGAUUUCUGUAUGGUUUGCCAUGAAAGAAAUUUUUCCCGUCCCUUUAAAUUUAAUAAUGUAAGCGAGUUGUUUCUUCUGAAGCCCAAGGUACAGUGCGAGAGGAAUCCUCCAUUCCUGGUGCUGUUAGUAACCACAACCCACAGUCAAAGCGAUGCACGGAACACUAUUCGGCAAACUUGGGGCAAGGAAAGACAAAUUGGGCGUAAACUUGUUUCCACCUAUUUUCUUCUGGGCACGAGCACAAACCCAAGGAUGCAGAAGGAACUUAUUGAUGAAAGCAACACUUACAAUGACAUUAUUCAGGGAGACUUCAAAGACACAUAUUAUAAUCUGACCCUGAAAACCAUCAUGGGGAUUGAAUGGAUUUGCGCUCAUUGCCCACAAACGAAAUUUGUAAUGAAAACGGACUCGGAUAUGUUUGUUAAUACAUUGUAUCUCGUUGAGCUGCUCGAAAAGAAAAAUCAAACAACCAAUCUCUUUACUGGUUCUCUCAGACCACACGAUGCACCCAUACGGGAUAUUCACAGCAAGUGGUACAUAAGCAAAACAGAAUAUCCACGGGCCAAGUACCCGCCAUUUUGUUCAGGAACCGGGUACGUCUUUUCUGUAGACGUUGCACAAAAGAUCCGGUCUGUGUCCAGAACAGUCUCGUUUUUUAAAUUGGAGGACGUUUUUGUCGGGAUGUGUCUGGAGAAACUGAAAAUUAAUUUGCAAGCCCUUCAUACUGAGAUAACGUUUUUCUCAUUCAAACAGCCAUUUACUAUUUGUGGUUAUCGGAAACUGGUCACUUCGCAUGGACUCCGACCCUAUGAAAUCUUUCUUUUCUGGGAAGCCCUGCAAAGGUCACAGGAUGAACCAUGUUAAUGGACAAGAGUGCCAGCAUCUGGCGGUUUCUCCUGCUGUUCUCCCACUAAUGAAAUGAUUGGAGAAAGAACAAACUGACCAACCAAAUCAUCCAACCAACCAACCAACCAACCGAUCAACCAACCAGGAAAGCUCUACUAAUAAUACGUUUCUGCUGCCCAGUGACUGGCAUGUGGCUUGGGUCCCAGCCUGAGACCCUGGGGGAAAAAUAUUGCAGAAAGUACAAUUUAGAAUUUAUGCAUAUUACAUAUUUAUUAAUAUAUUUAAUGAGGUGUCUGAUCUGCUGGCCUUAAAGCAGUGAUCCCCAACC